UUAAAUGAAAAAUUUUAAGUUAAUUGAAAAGCCAGCCAUGAUGGGUAAACACCUUCAAUCCUACACGUUAGGGAGACUGAGGCAGGAGGAGCAAAUGUUUAAAGUUUUCCUGGGCUACAAAGUUGAAUUUGAGACUAACCUGGGAUAUUUAGUGAGACCCUGCCUCAAAAGAACAUGCUAAUGAUGGACUGAGAUAGCCCAGUGGCAGAUUAAAAGAUGGACUGAGAUAGCCCAGGUUGUGGAUUGAUUGAUUGCUUUGCCUAACACACUGGAGGCCCUGGGUUCAAUCUUUAAAGCUAAAAUAAAAAAUUUUUUUCUAAGAUCUACAAAAAGGAGUCUUCUAUGAAACUGUGAGGGAAAAUGGUAUCUCUACCAUUUCAGUAAGCAAAGAUUACAGUCAUGAUGUUUGCAUAAUGAAGAUGAAAUUGUUUGAACUUUGAGGGUUGAAGACCUAACAGAAAUCUUGUUUAGAUUGUAGGUAGUUUUGACUUGUCAGGAAGCACUGGCCACCUGUGGAGACUUCAGACCUGGCACUGGGCACACUGCUUAUCCCAGAACUCAGAGGUUAGAUCAGGCUACAGAGUGAGAGCCAUUUCAAAGCCAAAACAGACCAAUGGCAUCUAUGGAACAAGUCCUCUCCUGAGAGGAUUAAGACCGUCUAAGAGAUGAAAACCAUUUAAUGCAGUAAGAGAUGGUUACAGAGGAACGAGUCUGAACUGGAAAAUACAAGCGUUACUGACAGGCACUGCCUGUGCACAAAGAAGCUCCAGUACACUCCAGCAGUGGGAAAAGUUGGCCAAAGAUCAAGGUUGCCAGCCGAAGCCAGUCUUUCCCUGUCGUGAAAGGAGGCAGGAGGGUGUGGACAACUGAGUGUUUUGAGUGAUAUUCAUAUAGAUGUUAUGAUAUAUUGUUACGAAUGGUUUAUCAAUAUUAUUGCUACUGUUACUGAAUACAAGGUCGCAUGGAUCCCUGUUUGACUUCAGAGUCUCUGUAUAGCAGGGGACAAAGUUGAACUUGUCUUUCUGCCUCCAUCUCCCAUGGGCUGGGAUUACAGAUAUGUGGUACCCUUUAUGUUUCCUGUAGUACAUAAACCACGUAUGUAUGUAUGUACGUUACCCUUUAUGUUUCAUGUAGUGUAUGUAUGUAUGUAUGUAGUGCUGAAGGUAGGGGCCUGUGCAUGUUGGCAAGCACACUACCAGCUAAGCUACAUCCUGGCCCCAGAAUAUUGUUUUAGUAUCACUGUGUUAUUUUUAAUCUUUUGUAUGUAAUUAAAACAAAAACCUUUGUAAUGUUUUCUUUCUUUGUUGUUUUGAGAAACAUGGUCUUAUCUCCUAGCCCUGGCUGACAUGAAUUCCCUACUUGGACAGUCUCUUCUCCAGCUCAUAUCCUCCCAAGUGUUGGAAUGUCAGGUGUGCAUCCCAGGACCUUGCAGAACUUUCAUCCUAAGCAUAUGUAGGGAAAAAAGUUUGGAGUGAUUUAAUUUCAGGCAUGCAUCUUAGAACGUAGCCCCUGCUGCAAAGGAGUAGGACUCCUGUUUCGGUCUUAUGGAAUCUGGUUAAAUAUUCCAAAGAGCAGUGAAAUCCGGGGGCAAAGAGCAAGUUGUUCUUUUGACAACUUAAUGAAUAGCCCUGGACAGAGUCGACAGAGUUGAGUCACAAUCGGAUUAGGAAAGGAAACGAAGGGUGUAAAUAUUGUUAGGGAAAAUCGUAAUAAAAACCAAAAAACGUAGGCGGCUUCUCUAAUCAGACUGCUUCCCAGGAAUCCUUAAAGACUCCGUGGAGUGCAAAGAAAUCCAACAUGGAGAUUGUAGAUGAGGCUUUGUGGGUGCGGUUUCAUACAAGAAAGUCGACCAGAGAACGCCAAUCCUUGAACCCGAAUUCAAAGGCAGGGUUUUGGAACUACAUCAAAAGAGUGGCUUGCACGGAAAGUUUUCCAGCAAGCGACAAAGAGGCUGGGAGGCUGGAAAAAGCCUUGUGGCCGCCACCUACCGAGAAGCAACGGGUGGGGGAGGGCGCCCGAAUAUUCGGCGGACAUAAGCGGUGGGAAGGAAAAAAAAGAAAAAAGAAAAAGGAAAAAACAAACGAACAAACACCACAAAUUCACCCAAUUCUGUCCUUUGCAUUAACAGCUAAGUUCUUCAGACUCGGGCUUUUUUAACUUUUGCAUUUAACUUAGAUGAACAGUUAGUUGAUACUCUUCGAAAGUCAUUGAUCUUAUGAAGUAGUUGAGAAAAAUAAAUAUAAUGGCCGGAGGAGGGUCUUAAGUUUACUUUCUUUGUAGCUGUGGGGACGAUCAGGAUUUCUUCAAUUCUCCUUCUAAAUGUGGAGCUGUGUAAAGACUCGAAGAGAGAAGAAAUGGAAAUCACGAGUUCCUCACCCCCUCCCAUCCGUUGCCUGUCCCAAGUUUGGGCAAGUCCACUCUGGUUGCUUCUAAAGCCAGCUUUGAAAACAUUGAGUUCUUUGUGUCCCGGAGCUGGGGGGACCUCCCUCUGCAAAUCAGGCGACAGGCCAGCCCCGGGGCUCCCCUGGCCUUUGCAAUGUCCCUAACUUUGCAAUUUGCAAAGGGAUGUUGGUAGCAAAGAGUUAUUUAAGUGGAAGUUGUGGCCUGCUGGAGAAGGAAGGGGGGGGACACUAAGUUCUAGGUCUCACCCCACUCCCCUCCCCCAUCCGGGCGGCCGCGCAGGCCCCAGGUGCAGCCAUGUUCUCGCUCCCACCACCCGCGCGCUUCCAUUGACAGUCCAAGCCGGAGAGGGCCGGGCGCCGCGGCGCUUCGCCUCGGCCUAGAGGGGGGCGGUGGGGAGAGAAUCAGGGUUCAUGCCGCAAGGCUGUCUGGGAGUUAUAGUUCGGGGUACCCACCCGUUGCGUAGGUGAGCGCGGGUUCAGAACUACAACUCCCGGUGGGCGGUGCUGCUUGUGCGCACGCGCAGCGGCACCUUCGAGGAACAAAAAAAAAAAAAAAAAAAAAAAAAGGCAAAAAAAAAAAAAGGGGGAAAAAAAAGGAGGAGGAGGAGGGUGAGAGAGAAGCUGGGAGAGCAGAGAAAAGGGGGCACCGGCGGCCCCCCCGCUUCCCUGCACGCGCUUGCCGCCCGCCUGCCGCGGUUAUCCCUGGGCUUCGUCCCUGUUCCCCCCCCCCCCCCCCGGCGUCUGGCGACCCAGCGUGGAGCGAGGCCCCGCCGGGGGCGGCCAUGCGGCGGUGACAGGAGCACGGCCGAGACGCACGGGCCCCCCUCGCCCUCUCACCUCCACCCCGUUCGCCAGCUCGCCGAGGCCCCUCCGGCCUACACUCGCUUGCUGUCCGCAUCCCCCCCUCCCCGACCCUCCCCGGCUGCUCUUCGGGAAUCAUGGCCCAAGUAGUGAUGUCUGCCUUGCCUGCCGAAGAUGAAGAGUCUUCAGAGAGCAGGAUGGUGGUGACCUUCCUCAUGUCUGCCCUGGAGUCCAUGUGUAAAGAGCUGGCCAAGUCCAAGGCUGAGGUGGCCUGCAUUGCUGUGUAUGAGACCGACGUGUUUGUUGUUGGAACCGAAAGAGGGCGUGCUUUUGUCAAUACCAGAAAAGAUUUCCAAAAAGACUUUGUGAAGUAUUGUGUUGAAGAAGAAGAAAAGGCCGCCGAGAUGCAUAAGAUGAAAUCUACCACCCAGGCCAAUCGGAUGAGUGUGGAUGCUGUAGAAAUUGAAACACUCAGAAAAACGGUGGAGGACUAUUUCUGUUUUUGCUAUGGGAAAGCUUUAGGCAAAUCCACAGUGGUCCCUGUGCCAUAUGAGAAGAUGCUGCGCGACCAGUCGGCUGUGGUGGUGCAGGGGCUUCCCGAGGGGGUUGCCUUCAAGCACCCCGAACAUUACGACCUCGCAACCUUGAAGUGGAUUUUGGAGAACAAGGCAGGGAUUUCCUUCAUCAUUAAGAGACCUUUCCUCGAGCCGAAGAAACACCUCGGUGGUCGAGUGCUGGCGGCCGAGGCUGAGAGGUCCAUGCUGUCUCCUAGUGGAAGUUGUGGCCCCAUCAAAGUGAAAACUGAACCCACAGAAGAUUCUGGCAUUUCUCUGGAAAUGGCCGCUGUGACAGUGAAGGAGGAGUCAGAAGACCCUGAUUACUAUCAGUAUAACAUUCAAGCAGGCCCUUCUGAAACUGAUGGUGUUGAUGAAAAGCUCCCCCUUUCGAAGGCUUUGCAAGGAAGCCAUCACUCCUCAGAAGGCAACGAGGGAACGGAAGUGGAAGUGCCAGCAGAAGAUUCUACUCAACAUGUCCCUUCAGAAACCAGUGAGGACCCCGAAGUUGAGGUGACCAUUGAAGAUGAUGACUAUUCUCCACCCACCAAGAGGCUAAAGAGCACGGAGCCGCCCCCGCCCCCGCCCGUCCCGGAGCCCGCCAACGCUGGCAAGCGCAAAGUGAGGGAGUUCAACUUUGAGAAAUGGAACGCACGCAUCACUGACCUACGGAAACAAGUUGAAGAGUUGUUCGAAAGAAAAUAUGCUCAAGCCAUCAAAGCCAAAGGCCCGGUGACGAUCCCGUACCCUCUUUUCCAGUCCCAUGUUGAAGAUCUUUACGUAGAAGGGCUUCCUGAAGGGAUUCCUUUUAGAAGGCCGUCGACGUACGGCAUUCCUCGCCUUGAGAGGAUAUUGCUGGCGAAGGAAAGGAUCCGCUUCGUGAUUAAGAAACAUGAGCUUCUGAACUCAACACGAGAAGAUUUACAGCUUGAUAAACCAGCCUCAGGAGUGAAAGAAGAGUGGUACGCUCGCAUCACCAAACUGAGGAAGAUGGUUGACCAGCUCUUCUGCAAGAAAUUUGCCGAGGCCUUGGGAAGCACGGAAGCCAAGGCUGUACCGUACCAAAAAUUUGAGGCCCAUCCCAAUGAUCUCUAUGUGGAAGGACUUCCAGAAAACAUUCCUUUCCGAAGCCCCUCGUGGUAUGGAAUCCCAAGACUGGAAAAAAUCAUCCAAGUGGGCAAUCGAAUUAAAUUUGUUAUCAAGAGACCAGAGCUGCUCACUCACAGCACAACUGAAGUGACUCAGCCACGGACAAACACACCAGUCAAAGAAGAUUGGAAUGUCAGAAUCACCAAGCUCCGAAAGCAAGUGGAAGAGAUCUUUAAUUUGAAGUUUGCUCAGGCUCUGGGCCUCACAGAGGCUGUGAAGGUGCCAUAUCCUGUGUUCGAAUCCAACCCGGAGUUUCUGUAUGUGGAAGGGCUCCCCGAAGGGAUCCCCUUCCGAAGCCCUACCUGGUUUGGGAUUCCACGCCUCGAGAGGAUUGUCCGUGGCAGCAAUAAGAUCAAGUUUGUUGUUAAAAAGCCUGAGCUAGUUGUGUCCUAUUUGCCUCCUGGGAUGGCUAGCAAAAUCAACACUAAAGCAUUGCAGUCCCCAAAACGACCACGAAGCCCUGGGAGCAACUCCAAGGUUCCUGAAAUUGAGGUCACUGUGGAAGGCCCCAACAACAGCAGUCCUCAGACCUCUGCGGUUCGAACUCCUACCCAGACCAAUGGUUCAAAUGUUCCCUUCAAGCCUCGAGGGAGAGAGUUUUCCUUUGAGGCCUGGAAUGCUAAGAUCACAGACCUGAAGCAGAAAGUGGAGAACCUCUUCAAUGAAAAGUGCGGGGAAGCGCUUGGCCUUAAGCAGGCUGUGAAAGUCCCGUUUGCGUUGUUCGAGUCCUUCCCAGAAGACUUCUAUGUGGAAGGCUUGCCCGAGGGGGUGCCCUUCCGAAGGCCGUCCACAUUUGGCAUUCCCAGGCUGGAGAAGAUACUCCGGAACAAGGCCAAGAUAAAGUUCAUCAUUAAAAAACCUGAGAUGUUCGAGACGGCCAUCAAAGAGAGCACCUCUUCCAAAAGCCCUCCAAUUUUCCUUUCAGGAAAGAUAAACUCAUCACCCAACGUUAAUACUACUGCAUCAGGUGUGGAAGACCUGAACAUCAUCCAGGUGACAAUUCCAGAUGACGAUAAUGAACGACUGUCCAAAGUUGAAAAGGCCAGGCAGCUGCGGGAGCAGGUCAACGACCUCUUCAGUCGGAAGUUUGGUGAAGCUAUUGGGAUGGGCUUCCCGGUGAAGGUCCCCUACAGGAAGAUCACCAUCAACCCUGGCUGCGUGGUGGUCGAUGGCAUGCCCCCCGGGGUGUCCUUCAAAGCCCCCAGUUACCUGGAGAUCAGCUCCAUGAGGAGGAUCUUAGACUCUGCGGAGUUUAUCAAGUUCACUGUCAUUAGACCAUUUCCAGGACUUGUGAUUAAUAACCAGCUGGUUGAUCAGAACGAGUCUGAAGGCCCUGUGAUACAAGAAUCAGCCGAGGCAAGCCAGUUGGAAGUCCCAGUAACAGAAGAAAUUAAAGAGACAGAUGGGAGUUCACAGAUCAAGCAGGAGCCAGACCCCACGUGGUAGACCGUGGCUCUCCAGGUUCGUCCAGUGUCCAGCGUGCGUGGUGGAGAAGAGCUUUGGGACCCGUUCCUGCCAGCUCUGUAAUAUACUUGUAUAACAGAAAUACCUUCUAUACAAACCUUCUUUUCUACUUUUAGAUAGAAAUGUCUACUUUCUCAGCAGUUCUGUGAAUUGAGCUACACAGCGUGAUGAGAUGCGCGUGCCUGGUGGCUUGGGAACGCACUAGAAGGGUCUUGCAGCAGUGCUGAAAGAGGCGGGAAUGGCAGGGACGACUCGUAGGGUUUCUUAUGCAUCGGGCAGAGCCUUGGGCUGUGGUGCGUGUUCCCGUCAGUGAGAUAUUCCUACAGGGCAUCUUGGCUUCCGCAGCAAAGGAAGUCCCUGUGCUAGUCAGUGCUUUAGUUUUUCUAUUGAAGACCAGUUCCGUGGUCUUGCACUCGGCUGCCCCUCCUGCCAGGGGAGGGCUGCUGUCUGUGUGUGUGACUAAGCCUCUUCCCAAGCUCCAUCACGAUUCCUUUGUCCUCACUGCCAUUCAGAGCAAAGCCGGCCAGCUCGCCUGACCGCCAGUGAGCAGCCAGUGCAUCCGUGCAGUGCAGCUGGAGAGGCUAGCCUCAGAGCCUCGCUCCGGUUACUUUACAGCAAGUAGAUUUCUGGGUGUGUCCUAAAGGUCAGAGGUCAGGUCUGCAUGCUUGAGCAGGUGGAGGAUUUGCCCCUCCCCAACUGGGACCCACAGUGGCCUCAGGGGCUCUGGGCCGCAGCUCUGGGUCUGGGUCGAGUCAGGCUGGGCUGUGUGUCUGCCUGGUUGGUUAGUCUCUAACCACCUGUCUGGCCUCUGCGCCAGGGUGGGGAGUGAGGACAUUGGUGUCCCGCCCUAUGUGGGGGCUCACAGACGAUGAUAAGGUAACAGCUCUCAGCAGUUAGGCACGUGAGGGCACGGUUCUCGGUAGUCACCACAAUGUUCACAAUGGGAAAUUAUAUCACACGGUAGCAGAGAUAGGCAUUUUAUGUGUUCCUUAUAUUUUACCUCAAAUUGUAGAUAUAGGGUAAUAAAUAAAAUCCAUCCAUGCCUUUCACAUGCAAA